CAAGGAAGCAGAUCUAUAAUCGCACUACAUCUACACCGCUGAUCAAACAUGUGUAGUCGCUCUUCCAGAUCUUAACAACCAAAUACAACACCUCUCUGUCUCUCGCUAUAUAUAUCUAAGGUUUGAAGAAGUGUCUUGCCGGGUGGCUGUCUUGUGGGGAUUUGGUUUUGUUUGCUGAUAUUGUUACCGCGGAUUUGAUUUCUAAAAUGUGCGUGGACAGUGAUGGAUGUGAAAUCGAAGGCUGCAGCAGUUCGGACGAGGUGCAGACGCUGUCUGGAAGCAUGAGCCCCGGCUUGAAAUCGAACUCCGAUCCUCACCCGUGCAGGACCGGGCACAAGUUCAGGGCUGCCUUGCUGAGGUGCCGGUCGCCGGUCGCCGUUGCCGGGAUACUCAGCUUCGGGAAUGUGCUCAAUUACAUGGACAGAUACACAGUAGCAGGUGUGCUGCUUGACAUCCAGCAACAUUUCGGAGUCAGUGACAGCGGUGCCGGCUUGUUGCAGACAGUCUUCAUCUGCAGCUUCAUGGUGGCUGCCCCCAUCUUUGGUUACCUUGGCGACCGGUUCAACAGGAAGGUCAUACUGGGCUGUGGGAUCUUCUUCUGGUCGGCCGUCACUCUCUCCAGCUCAUUCAUCACGAAAGAGUACUACUGGCUGUUCGUUCUCUCCAGGGGGCUGGUGGGUAUUGGGGAAUCCAGCUACUCAUCCAUCUCGCCCACCAUCAUCGGAGACCUCUUCACCAACAACACCAGAACCAUGAUGCUCUCUGUCUUCUACUUCGCCAUCCCUCUGGGCAGUGGGCUGGGUUACAUCCUGGGCUCGAGUGCUAAGCAUGCAGCUGGGGACUGGCACUGGGCAUUGAGGGUGUCUCCAGUGCUGGGGAUGACGGCUGGGACCCUCAUCUUCUUCUUCGUCCCGGAGCCCAAGCGGGGCAGCGCUGACCAGCUCGGGGGGAGGCUGAAGGCCAGGACGCCCUGGAUCUGUGACAUGAGAGCACUGGCUAAAAACCGCAGCUAUGUGUUCUCCUCCCUGGCGUCAGCAGCGGUGUCCUUCGCUACGGGAGCCUUCGGCAUGUGGAUCCCUCUGUACCUAUUCAGAGCUCAGGUGGUGCAGAAGAGUGUGGUGGCCUGUGACCAGGAGCCCUGCAGCAUCAAGGACAGUCUGAUCUUCGGAGUGAUCACCUGUGUGACGGGGUUCCUGGGGGUGAUCAUUGGGGCGGCCGCCACGCGUCUCUGCCGGCUCAAGACGGAGCGUGCCGAUCCCCUGGUGUGUGCCGUCAGCAUGCUGGGCUCCGCCAUCUUCAUCUGCCUCAUCUUCGUCGCUGCAAAGAAGAGCAUCGUGGGUGCUUACAUUUGUAUAUUUAUUGGUGAAACGCUGCUCUUCUUAAACUGGGCCAUAACGGCGGAUAUUUUAAUGUAUGUUGUGAUCCCAACUCGCCGUGCAACUGCCGUGGCUCUGCAGAGUUUCACCUCUCACGCCCUGGGAGAUGCGGGCAGCCCCUACCUGAUCGGACUGAUCUCGGACGCCAUUCAGCAGAGCUACACAGAGUCGAUCCUGUGGCAGUUCCUGAGCCUGGGGUACGCUCUCAUGCUCUGCCCCUUCGUCAUCGUCUUGGGAGGGAUGUUCUUCCUGGCUACAGCCCUCUUCUUCCUAGACGACCGGGACAAGGCGGAAAAACAGUUGAACCAGCUGACAUUGUCACCAUCGUCUGUGAAGGUCUGAAAAGGCCUCAAAGUGGGGAGAUCAGCUGGGACCAUUCCAGAUUUCUAAAUCCUCCAAAAAAACACAACAAACUCUGCAGCUUUGAAAAGAAAAAAAAAGAUGGGACACAGCACUUCAAGUCAAGGAGCAUCACACUUAUCCAAAGAUUCCUCCUGAUUACUGCGCACGCCUUCUGUCAUUUGCGAGUGCAACGGACCUUCAGCGGCAACCCAAUUGAUGUGGCUGGAGCAGGAGUUCCAUCUGUUAAACAGAAUUCAAAAACGAUCAAAAAUGAAUAAGGAAGGAGGUGUGGUGGUCUUGUGCCAUCCUACACACUGUGAUGAGUGACUUUAUCAAAGCAGCUGAACAAGAACGCACAGAGAGACCAAGAUCAAAGACCAGUAAGGACAAAACGGACACUGGGGAACCAACAAUGAUAGACUUAAUUGGGUCCUGACUACACAGCCGAGGUAGAGGAUAGCGAACUCUGGGAUUUGAGUGGUUCAUGUGACUGCAAGGUCUCCAAAGAACCCUGUAAGGUGUCUUUGCUAUGCACAGCUGUAGUGGAUUAUCAUGUUGUGGUCGGCUCUGAUAAGCCAUAGUAACAAUCCUGGCACCAUCACACUGCAGCCGUUGGGUAUGGAUUCAUAGUGUUGCCGCUGUGGAACCAUUCUACCCAUGGCUCAUACCACUGCAGCUAUUAUUAUGUUUGCAUUGCCUAUUAAUAAUUUGAAAAGUAGUGGCGUGGUAAACACCAGAGGAACCAAUCAAAACCACGGAUCCACCAACUGCUCCUGCCCACAGCUGUAUCUCGAUUUGUGAGUUCCUGGUCCUGAUUGGUCAGAAACCGAGGGGAGGGGCGGGGUUUAAAUGAGUCUGUACGCUCCACCUUGAGCCAUCUGGCCUAUUAUAAGCACUAGUUAUUUUUGUUCUCUUUAGAUUAAUAAGCUAACACAUGUAUGUUACUGAGUCCAGUGCCCCCCGACCUCCCGCCCCAUUGCUUUCUUUUCUGUACAAAAAAAACUAAAAAAACGCACCUUAAGUUUCCAACGAAAGCAUUACCUGAACUGAGCAUUCGUUCAGUCCAAGAGUUUACAUCACUGCGUUUAUGUUUCAAGCUUCUUUUGUGUUUGUUUAAUGGAUGUUUUUACAGAUAUGAGUUUAUAGAUUAUGCAGCCAUGUUUUUAAAUAUUGUAUAUUAUAACCUAUAGUUGUAUAGAAAUGUAUUUAUAUAUAUAUAUAUCUUUAUUGUAAUGAUUAAGAACCCUGGUAAGAGAAGGUGGAUUGAUUCGGGGACUCUUUCAUUGGGGUGUGCAAUCAAAAGCAGUUGAUUUGUUUACAAUGAGACAUGAGAGAUCCCGAACAGUUUGGAAUAACAGCUGUGCCAGAUGAAACAAACCGAGGCUGAUGCAAAAGCACGUUUCGAAUAUUUUUUAGGGUGUAGUCCAUUUUCUUUCAGCAAAGGACCCAACCUCAUCCCUUUCAAAGUUUUGUUCCAAAUCCGCUUGGUUCAGAAAUGAACCAUUUGAGAAGGACCUAUAAAAACAAGCCCAUUAGACCCAUUUUUCUCUCAAUUGGCUGAGAAGGAAAGCAGCAUUGGCUGAGGCAAAAAAUAUCUGUACCGCGGAGUCAUGGCAUUGUCUGUAUAUGUAUGCUAUGUAAUGGGAUUAUAAUGGUGCUGUGAUUGAAUUAUUAUUAUUGUUAUUAUUUAUUUGUUAAUUCCUUUUAAUCUCCAGUGCAGUAGCUAAUGCUUUCAAACUAGAAGUCAGUGCCUGUGAGGGGUAAUUUGAUCACAUAAAAAAACAAUUACCACAACAUGAACAGGCUCUGAUUCUCUCAAUGAAGACGCCUGUCUCUGAUGUGAAAAGUACAUUCAUCUUCACCAUAAUAGUCUUUAACAAAUUUCAAUUCUAUUUGCAAAAGCAUCUUCCUCAAUGAACUGCUUCAGUUUCAAAAAUAUUUGCAUUGGGGUGACUGCAGUGCCUUUCUUCUUAGCCAGGCACUGAAGAAGUCCAAGAGGAGGAUUUUGAGUUUUUCUUUUCUUCUGCAAGCAGGGAGUUUGGCUUGCUCUGAAAUCUAUUGAUCUUCCCUGCAGGAAAUGCAGAGUGCUUGCCAGAUACCGUGUGCUCAGAGUUAGGCAGCAUUUCUCUAUGGGUUACUAGGACAACUGGACCUGCUUGGGGAGUAGACUAGGCUCUUGGUGAUGUCUGGGGGGCUUGAUGGAUUUCUUCCAUCCCGUUUCAAUUGAAAACUGCUGCUCACGUUCCUGGUGGCAUUCUGCAUUUCUCAUGUAGGAGGAGAUCAGAAUCAAAAUGGGCAUCUCUGUUCGUUGGAUUUCUGUAAAACAAAACAAGCACCAUUGCAUCUGCUAUGUAUUUUUUUUGACAGGGUUUGACAGUUAAAUCACUACGGCAUUGUUUUCACUAGAAGCAUGGCACCAGCUGUCUCAUUUCCAGCUGUAAUAGGCUGAUCUACCAACAGAUAGCACUUGUUAGAAGAUACACAGCUCUGAAGCUGCAGCAUACAGUAAUUACAACCUGGCCUUUUAAUUGGGAAUGCUUGACAUACAGUAAUAGAGAUCUAUCUCAGUAGCAUCUUCCGUCAACCACACCAUGUGCCUGUCUCCCUCCCGGCUGUUGAUUUGACUUGUUAUUGGAGAUAGACUGUUUAUAAUAAAGACCUGUCAUUCAAGAACAUUUCAGAUCAUUAGCAAUUAGCAAUUAGCAAAACUUUUUAAUCAGUGCCAUCUCAAAAGUAGAAAUCCUAAACUUGGUUCUGUAUCAGCCGAGAUCAAAACUGGAGUACAGCAGGUACCUACAAAAAUAUUACAUUAUGAAAAUAAUUAAGUGUUGCUUCACCCUAGCUUGCACAAAAAACAAAAUGUGUAUUGCAACGUAGCGUUGAGAUCUGGAUCAGCAUUAAAAGUGUUGCAGAAUGACCCGUUCUGUAAGUCAUAGAGAUUCUGCUUCAUGCCUGCCUGUUUCUCAAAGCCUGAAACCACCCUCUAGGUAUCUAGCUUUUCAUAACUCUUUUUUUGUUUCAAGAAAGGUUAUCCAACACCAAUCCAUCGUGGGAGCAAAGGAUGCUUACCGGAGUGGGCUUUUUCUUGUCAUACAAGAAUUCUGUAAAAUAAUUUUUCUGUCACGCAGAAAAUAGAGACUAUUUUAUUUUUUAGAGCGAAUGGAAUUCAUAGUUAUCUAGGAAAUAAUUGUGAACAGAAAGAAAUGUACACCUAUAUGUAAAUUAUUAAGUAAACCUUAUUUAAUCAAA